CUCGUAAUGGUUCGCGUUUUUUAUGUAGUCAUUGCGAUGGACAGUGACCCGGUCAAAAUCGCGUUCGCCCGGAACAAUACUCGUGUGUACGGGGUCGAAGACCGAAUCGUCUUCUUGGUAGGUGACUUCUUUGUCGAUGCCCACUCACUGCAGACGGCAGACGGCAUCGUCACGUCACCACUAGUGAACAUGACUAAAGAGGAAAUGGUGAAGUUAACCAAAUUGGCAAGUAGGGUGGCGCCGAAAGUCUUAAUGAGGUUAACGAAGGACCAUGAAUUGUCAUAUCUGUACCAAUUAGAGAAUAAAAUAUUUAAUAAAAUUAAUACAGAACAAAUAUGUAUUGACAGGGACCCAAAUUCAAUUUUGGCUUUCCUAGGUCUCGGAAUGAAUACGAAUAAUUGUAACAGAAACGUAAAUAGGAUACAGAAGAAAGUGCUUUUGUUUUCUGAUGGGGUAUCUGUUAAUCGUCGUGUGCAUUGGAUAAGAGGUAAUAAUCUUUUUGCAUACGACGAUUACCUCAAAAACGUUGAAGAAUUCUUGAAGAGCCAAAAUCUCAACUAACAGACGAUUCCUCAAUACAACCAUUCAAUAAAAUACAUCAAGAUGAAGAAGUUAACGCCAGCUCACUGAACAUGAAAUACUUAAUCAACGAUAUUGAAGAUGAC